AAAUAUCCCGAUGUGUUCAGUUCAUUGAGUAACAUCUUGUCAUCCCAGCAGCACUGUACAGAUAGAGCUGCUGCUGAAGAUACAGGAGCUGAGGAGGAAGGAUCAUUAUUACAGCAUUUGGAUCAUCUUUUGCAGGCUGCUCGCACAGAAACCAGGAAGUCAGCAUGAGCACUCUGUCCACUGAAAAGAAGCCUCUUGUGGAUUACGGCGUUCAGAUCCGCUUCAUCAAGGACCUCCACGACACAGGCGGAGGUUAUACCGACAAAUCCAAAGCAAGCAACAGUGCGACCCCUCCUUCCAAUAAGUACGGGGUGGCCGUGCACGUUCAGGGAAUCUCUGGACAGCCUUACGUGGUCCUGAAAGAUGGCGAGAAAGGUGACUCUUACGGGGUUCAGCUGAACACUCCCAGCUCCGGCUCAGGGCCACCUUCACCGUUCACCAGCCUCCCCAAGAAAAAUACAAAACCAGAGGAAUUUGCAAACCCCUAUAGCCCUGCUUCAAAUACAGCACGCUCCAACGUAUCUCCAGUAGAUGAUGAGGUCGGGGAGGUUUUUGGGAGCCCUCAUAAGAGACCUCCAGGGGAUGGACAAGCAGGAACACAAGGGGAGGAGGAGAGCGGAGCCGGCAGGAAAGCUGAACCUCGACUCAAAGCAGCGGCCAGUGAAGCAGAGAAAAACAGAGACAGGACUAGUAAUGAGGAGUAUAACGAAGCAGGCCUGAAACCUGUCAAAUUAAACGGCGUGGGACCCAGAGGGGUCAAGCCGACUGGCUCUGGUUACACUGGCUCUUUGGGGAGACACAGCAGGAAAAAACAGAGCACUGAGUACUCUUCAUCGUCAUUCCCAAAACCCCCAGCGUCAAUUAAUGAGGAGCCCAUCCCAGUGAUCGACACCAACUCCCUGGCUCCCAUCAACAAGCUCAUCAGUAAGUUCAACAGCGGGACGCCGGCAGACAGCGGGACGCCGGCAGACAGCGCCCCACAGGCGAGAGGCCGCUCCGGAGCGAGGCAGCGGCUCAGGUUUGACGAGCGCAGGCGGUCGAGAAGCCUCGAUGCUAGAAAUAACGUCCAGCCUGAGGUCCCCUCACCGAGCUCUCCGACUCCCAAUCCCUACGCUGCUCCUCCGUCUGCCUCCUCCAAUUUGUUGGCGUCAUCUUCCUCAGCGAGCAGCAGCCCUGUAUCUGUUUCCAGGGUGACGGCACUCAAGGCCCCCAAGCCAAGCUUUAACUCACUAGGGAAGUUUGUCGCAAAGGACACCUAUCCAGCUGUAGCCAAAAAGCCUGAGAUAACUCCGAGGAGCAUGAGUCAAAGCAAAGGGGUCAUCAAUGGGGAGGAAGCUCAAUCGAAGCAAGCUAUUUACAACAUCCUUAGAGAUGGCACCAGCGAGAGUGAGGGGUCCCUCAAAAGAAAGGCCGGCCUCGUCUAUGAGACAACCGGCAGUUUUAAGAAGGGAGGAUCUGAUGGGAGCUUCAACAAGGGGAAACUCGAGGAGCUUCUGGAGCAACUCGAUCGCUGCAAGAAAGACCUGCAGCAAGUUCAUGAUGAACUGGCUGUGGAGCGCAUGGCCAGAGAGGUGGCGGAGACUCGUCUGCGCCUACAGGAAGAUCAGCUGGCUGAGCUUCAGGAGGAGCUGAGGAGGGUUUCAGACUCCGACUCACUGCAGACGGACGUGAUGACCCUGCAGGCCGACCUGACCGAGGCUGCCAUGCUGCGUCAUCGCCAGGAGGAGAUCUUACACCAGCGGGAGCGGGAGCUGACGGCGCUGAAGGGGGCGCUAAAGGAGGAGGUGGAGUGCCACGACACAGAGAUGGAGACUCUGAGGGAGCAGUACAGCCAGGACAUGGAGAACCUGAGGACAACCAUGGAGCAGGUCACACAGUCCCAGGAGCAGAUAGAAGAGGAGAGGGAGAGAGUGAACGCCUCCAUGUUGACGCUGGAGGACGAGCUGGAGAGCUGCAGAGAUCAGGGGGAGCAGUGGAAGACCCAGCUGGACGCCACCACGGAGGAGCUGCACAGCACCAAAGAAGAGAGCGGGACGCACGUCACCAGCAGUCGAAUGCUGCUGAAAUCACAUUUGGAGAAGGAUGAAUGUGAGUGCGAGCUCAGGUAUGUUCAGGACUCGCUGCUCGCCGCGAAGAAACAAACGCCUGCAUCUGAUGAUAACCAUUCUUUAGCAGAGGAGCUGCGGCGUUGCCAUGAUGAUCUGAAGCGGGCUCGCGCCGAUCUGGACAAACAAAAGGGCGAGUUAGACGAGAAGAGAGAGGCACUUCAAGGCCUGAGGAGAGAGAGCAGAGACAAAGAGGCCAAGCUUCUGUCUGAGAUCAGCCAGCUGAAGGAGCAGUCGCAGAAAGACAAGGUCGAGCUGGAAAGGGCGGUCGAGAAGGCGAAGGAGUCACCAGUCGGGUCUUUAGGAAAGACUGUGGUGGACCACGGCGCCAACCUGGAGCUCCAGGAGGCAAACACUCGUCUCAGGGAGAGGCUGUCCCGCAUGACGAGGCUCCACUCCAGCACGCCCCGGAGCCCAGGGGCCGAGGAGGCGUUGGAGGCUCUGGAGGAUGAGAACCGCUCCCUGAAGACUCAGCUGGAGGAGGCCAAGAGAGGAGCCACCCGCCUGAGCAAGGAGAGGGACGAGCUGAGCCAGCGGCUGGAGGAGAGAGACCUGGAGAGGGAGGCGCUGAGGAGGGGCAAGAUUGACCUAGAGGACCAGAAGAGGCUGCUGGACCGAGCCCUGGAGAAGAUUAACAAAGAGAUGGAGUCGAUGAUGGGAGAUUCCCGUCAGUCGGUGGCCACCCUGCAGACACAGCUCGAAGACUACAGGGAGCGCUCAAGGAAGGACCUGCUGGAAGCCCAGCGCAACAGCAAGGACCGGCUGGCUGAGCUGCAGAGGGCUCAGAGCAACCUCAAGGCCCAGCAGGAGGAGGUUUCCCGUCUGAAGAAGGAGCUGCUGGUGUGCAGCGAGGACAGAGACAGCGCCCAGUUGGAGAGAGACCUCCUCAACAACCGUCUCAAACACUUGGAGAGUGAAGUGGAUUCAGAGAGGAGCUCCUACACCGACCGCAGCAGGGAGAUCAGGGGCCUGGAGGAUAAGAUUAAGACUAUGGAGAUCGAACUGGAUGAGGAGCGGAACAGCGUGGAGCUUCUGAACGACCGUAUCACACGUAGCAGAGAUCAGGUGGACCAGCUUCGCUCAGAGCUGAUGCAGGAGCGUUCGGCGAGACACGACCUGGAAAUGGACAAGAGCGCACUUGAGAGACAGUUGAAGGAGUUGAGGUCUCGCAUGGCAGACAUGGAGGGACAGACUCGUCCCGCACCUGGACUCGGCCUGCUGGAAAACAAAAUUCAAGAGUUGGAGGAGAGACUACGCAGUGAAGAAAGGGAGAAGUCCAGCAUCCAGGCCUCCCAGAGACGAAUGGAGAGGAAACUGAAAGAGCUAAACGCCACGUUAGACCUUGAGAGGAUCCAGCAUGUUGAGCAGAGAGAUCAGCUGUCUCUGCGCGUGAAGGCCUUGAAGCGACAGGUGGACGAGAGCGAGGGAGAGGUGGAGCGCUUGGAAGGAGUCCGCCGGAAGGUUCUCAGAGACCUGGAGGAGCAGCAGGAGCUCCAGGAGGCACUGCACGCCAAAGUCACAGCCCUGGAGACUGAAGCAAAGCGGAAGUCACAGCACACACACCGUGCAUCUCUGGGCCCCACUUUGAGCUCUGAGGAUGAGGACGGUUUCUAUGACGGCAACCUCACCUCCAUCCUGAACGAAGGCCACCUGCAGACCUCCAACUGCUAGAGGAAGACAAAUAAAAAGACCUAUAAAAAGUUUAUUUUUUUCCUCCAGUGAGAUUUGAUCAGAGAGAGAGAGAGAGACUCAGGGGCAUCAGGGACCCGAUGGUUGCGAAGAACUCUGUUGCCAUGCACUACAAACUUGCCUUGCAGUUGUUCCUCGGUUUUAUUUUUAGUACAGCAGUCCAACAGAGACAGGUUGUCAGGAUAAUUAGAUUGCAUUUUUUUGAGCCUUCAGCCGUGAUUAUGAUUGCUUCACUGCUGUCAUGUUUUAUCUGUCUCGAGAUCUUCUAUCAUGUCGAGGAGAAGAAUUACAGUUACACUUCGAAAUACACGGUUUUAUUUCACGUACUGAAUCUUUUCAAAAAAGGCUCUUUGCUGUGUGUUGACUGUAUUUACUGUGGUAGCGCAUUACUGUGGCAUGGUUUAUGUUCAGAGGUCAUACUUCCAAAUUCAAACCACUUUUAAACCAAAAAAUACCUUUUAUAAGACAUAUUUUUUCUUAUAUCUGUGUUUGCUUGCGCAUGAUAAGUUACAUCUGUCAGUGUUGUUAGCAGCUCAUAGUGUUUCUUUGUGUAUUAAAAGUGAUAUUAUGGGGUUUUUUUACCUUUUGAAUGUGACAAUGACCAUUUAAACUGAGCCUAUAUUUUUACACUGUAUUAGCCGUUACUCAAGACAAUCAAAUUAUACGUAUAGUAGCACUCAGAGAUGAAUCCUCUCCCUAUAAACUUUUCUACUUGCUGAUGUGGUUUAAUAUAAGCUUGAUUCAUGUGCAUGUUUUCACUCAAAUGCCUUAAAAAGUAGCUUCAUAUCUUUAUUUUUCUGUUGUCUCCGCAUGUGUUCUGUUUAUACGCUGCUGCUGCUGUAAUAGUUUUAAUCCAUAGGCUUGCCUGUACUUGUGUCACCUUUACAUUCCUAUUGAAACAAUCAUCAGCUGAGAUUUGGAAGUGUUCCACAUUUCUCUCGGUUGCACCUGGCUGUGAAUGUUGAUUGUAAUCUCCUAAUGACAUUUUUGGUGUCAUGACACAUCUCAAUUUGUAUCGGGGGAAUUACACGCAACGUUGCUAUUAAAUGUAGAAUAUGUUUAUUAAGCUGCUGGUUACAAAUUUGACAGAUAUUUUAAGUAAAUUUUGGACCGUGUGUAUAAUAAAAAGAGGUAUAUUGUA